GCUGCUGCAACGAGUGGUUUCUAGAAGAGAGAAAAAAAGAAGUUCGCAAUCCUCUUUCACCGGCUUUGCUGAGAACUCGUCCUGCUGCUUUCGUGUUUUUCCCAAGCUUCACUGUUACUGACCAACCAUGACGUUCCUAUACUGCGUGAGGCGCUCCAGCCGCUCACCCCUGGCUCUGCUGGCCAUUUGCUUGCUCUGCUUGGCUGGACUCGCCAUCAUAUCGAGAAAGCCGCCUCUGGCACCGCCUUUCUCGCACUACCCGAGCUCGCUGUGCGCCGGCAACAGCACGCAGGUCGUCUUGACCAUCCGGACGCUGCCCCGACACGACGCCAUACGUCACGUGAUUCGGAACAGCAUAGCACACAGCGCCGUUCGUUCAGCACUGCCUUCGUGGGCGUUUCUCUUCUACAUGGGCUUCGUGAAAAACUCGACGAGGAUGGACGCCGUGCGUGGCGAGAUAAACACCCAUGGCGACCUACUCGUGAGCCCCAUCGAAGCCGCGGCCAACAACUCGGUGGAGAUCGCUCUGGACAUGAUGCGGUGGGUCGAGGAACGCUGCGGGAAAGGACGCCCACUGCGCCUCUUCGUCCACGUGAAUGACACCGUGUUCGUCGACCCGAUAGCCCUCGAGGGAUACUUGAACCAAAUGAACAACAGCACCGUGGCCCGCCCUUCGUUUUACUGCAAACUCGUCAAAGGCGUCAACGUGGGCCGUGACCCGAAAGGCAUCAACUUUGUGCCUCGAGACCUGUUUCGUGGUCCCGUUUUCCCACCUUACUGUGAGGGUGAAGCCUUCUUCAUCAACGGUUCGCACCUUGGCCCGCUGUACGCGGCGUCUCUGUACGCCCUGCACUACACACUCCUGCCGCAGUACGUGACGGGACACAUGGCCGUCAUCGCUGACAUGGGUCACGUGGACAUCGCCCAGCGUAUCGCCAGCGCCGGGAACCCGGAAAGUGGCGGGAAGUACACGGGAAGAAAAGUAGGCAAGGCCAACCUCUUCAUCACGAACAUGUGGUUGAACAUGUGGAAAGACAUCUGGCUCUACUCGCUAUAUAACCAGACGCGCCAGAUGCAGUUAGAGAAGAAACUGACGGAAAUAAUUGUUGAAAGGCUGCAGGCUGCCUCCAACUGACACCGCGUGCUGUUUUUGUCCUCGUUGUAAGGAUAAAAAAAAGGUUUGGCCUGUUUCAUCAACGCUGUUCUCUUUAUGCUUAGGAGUCAAGGUCAAUUCUGCGGUGCUCUUUGCCCAUGGUGUUAAAAAAUGAACGUGCAGAAGCAUUUUAUCUGCACAGUAGUUAAUUAUUUCUUCAGUUGUCUAACAGAGAGUGCAUUUAGUGUUUAUUGCACUUAUCAUUGCUCCCUGUGUGGAUAACUUGUCAGCGAUA